CCCAUCCGUAACCUCAAAGGGACAACAUGGGUUCGGGGACAGACAAGAGGGCUGGGCUCAGGGACUCUACCUGGUCAGAAGACCAGGAUCAGAUAGAAGGAUCUGGAAGCUGAGCUUUCCCGGCCAAGGAGAGAAACCUGCACAGCGUCCUCCUGAGCCUCCCUUUCCUGGCCUUCUAGGGAAAGAAGAAGAGCCUGUCAGUCCUGGAGGGCCUGGGCUUCCGCGUGGGCCAGGCUCUGGGUGAGAGGCUGCCCCGGGAGACGCUGGCCUUUAGAGAGGAGCUGGAUGCCCUCAAGUUCCUGUGCAAAGACCUGUGGGCUGCCAUGUUCCAAAAGCACAUAGAUGGACUCCGCACCAACCACCAGGGGACCUACGUGCUGCAGGACAACAGCUUCCCCCUCCUCGUCACCAUGGGCUCGGGGUCACAGUAUCUAGAGGAAGCUCCCAAGUUCCUGGCCUUCACCUGCGGCCUUCUGUGCGGCGCCCUCCAUACGCUGGGCUUCCAGAGCCUGGUCACCGCCUCUGUGGCUGCCCUGCCCGCCUGUAAGUUCCAGGUGGUGAUCCAGAAGUCCUGAGGACCCCAGGCUUGCCCUGCCCGACCUCAGCCUCAGGAGACUGGUACUUUGGCCCCGUCCAGGUGGUCACCUUUGCAGGUGGCUUUGAAGCUGGAAUUCACAGGCUCUGAGGUGAUCGUAUGCUUCAGACGAGGGAAUGAAAGGAACUGGAGGGUCCCAGGAGGCAAAACCGUCCAAUGACUUCAGAAUGGGCAUGGAGGGACAUUAAGGCCUCCAUCACCCAGAUGGCGAGUGCUCAAUAAAGUUCUUUAUGUGGAAA